AUGGAAAGCACGACGGAGCCGAUUGCGAUCGUGGGCAUGGCGUGCCGCCUGCCGGGGGCAGUCACGAGCCCGGCAUCGCUGUGGCAGUUACUGCGCGACGGCAGGUGCGCCCAGGGCCACGCCCCUCCUUCCCGAUUCAGCACCCAAGGCUGGACACGCAGCGACAACCACGCGCGCGCUGGCUACUUCCUCAACGACGACAUCCGCGCCUUCGACCAUGACUUCUUCGGCAUCCUGGCCGCUGAGGCUGCCUACAUGGACCCCCAGCAGCGCCUGCUGCUGGAGGUCGUGUACGAGUGCUUCGAGAGCGCUGGUGUCCGCCUCGAUCAGGUGUCGGGCUCCGACACGGGAUGCUAUGUUGGCAACUUCACCUACGACUACCCCGUGAUGCAGAGCAAGGAUGCUGAGUUUCUGCAUCGCUACAGUGCCACGGGCAUGGGUGCCACCAUCUUAAGCAACCGCAUCAGCCACACCUUCAACAUGACGGGGCCAAGGUGGGAGAGCACCCCUGUUGCUGCGCCGAUCGCGCCUCGCUGA